GACGGCCUUGCUGGGUGGGGGACGCUGUGGGUCCAGCCUGUACCCCGCGUUGGAAGCUGGCCGCGCCAACCAAGCAAAAUGAUGCCAAAAAUUUAGAUUGGCAGCAAACUAACAACAGCAAAAACAUGGCCCUUUCUCUCAUCAACGGCGGCGAGAACCUCUUCGUCAGCGGCGUCUUCGCCCUCCGCAAGGCCCAAACGCUGCACGACCACGGCGUAACCCACAUCCUCUCCGUCAUCGACUACGACCUCGACAAGGCAGAGGGCCUCGCCGGCGCCCGCUUCGAGCACCUAAGCAUCGACGUUAACGACGAGGAGGAUGCCGACCUGCUCGUACACUUUCCGCGCAUCGUGCGCUUCAUCGACGCCGGCCUAAACCCCAACCCCAGCUCCAGCUCCGACCCCAACCAGCCCGACGGUGCUGGCAAGCCCCCCGGCGGCGGCGGCGUCCUGGUGCAUUGCGCCAUGGGCAAAUCGCGCUCCGUCACGGCGACGCUGGCCUACCUGCUGUGGAAGCACCCGGCUCGCUUCGGCGGCGCUGGCCGCCACAACCCGGACCGCGAGUCGGCCGCGCGCGCCGCCGUGGCCGCCGCACUCGAGUGGGUGCGCGCCACGCGGCCCAUGGCCGAGCCCAACGGCGGCUUCUCCCGCCAGCUCGAGAUGUGGUGGGACAUGGGCACGCCCGCCCGCGCCGAUGAUGCCGUGGCCCGCCACCCGACAUACCGCCGCUGGCUGUACCGGCGCGAGGUGGAGGAGAGCGCGCGCGUCGGCCGCGCCCCGGACUGGAUCCGGUUCGAGGAUGAGGUGCAGCCGGAAGAGGAGGAGGACAACACAGUUGCAGUGGAACCAGCAGGGACGGGGACGAGUGGGACAAAAGCGCUUGAGGUGCGCUGCAAAAAGUGCCGCCGCGUGCUGACAACGGGCCGUUUUGUCGUGGCGCACGCCCAGCGCCAGCCCGCGGCGGGCCACACGGCGUGCCCGCACGUCUUUGUCGAGCCGCUGUCGUGGAUGCGCCCCGUACUCGAGGCUGGCGAGCUCGAGGGCCGCCUGGUUUGCCCGGGCGCCAGGUGCGGCGCCUCCAUCGGCCGCUACGCCUGGCAGGGUUUCAAGUGCAGCUGCGGCGAGUGGGUCUGCCCGGCCCUUUCGCUGCAGAAGAGCAAGGUGGACGAGGUGGCGGCCGCGCCGCCGGCCGUCGCCGCCAGCCUGCCCGGCGGCGGGGUCGACAAGGGCGCCUCGGACCCGAGGGCUGCCCUCGGGAUCCGCAUGCCGCCAUCUCUCCGCAAGGAGAACCUGUGAUGCCCGUUGUACAUAGUGUAAAAAAAAAAGAAUUCCACAAAAAGGAAAAGCCGAACCAGCCCUGGCUUUCGGCACGGUGUGCCCAUGUACCUACCUCUUUUGCCAAUGUUGAC